AUGCCGCCCCUCAAUAUGGCGAUGGGCAUUCUGCGUCCCACCAACUCUGAAGACUGCCCUGGAACAGUUCUUCUCUAUGAGAGAGCCGAUAAUGAACAGAGUUAUCAUGUCGGCGUUAAACACGACCGAAAGGAUCCUUCCAUUGUCUUGGACCCCCAGCCAUCAGAUGAUCCAAAUGAUCCACUGAAGAACUGGUCGAUUUGGAAGAAGGAUCUACUAUAUCUGACAAUCUUCAUCAACACGAUCAUCUUAGCUGCAGUCCCUGGACCAGUAUUUGCGUCUUCUACUGCAGUUAUAUCAAAGAAUCUGGGAGUCUCACUGGAUAAUGUUGCUCUUCUCUCAGGAUACCAGCUGCUCGUUGUUGGCUUGUACGGCCCGUUUUGUUCAGCAUUGGCUCGCAAGUACGGCAAAUGGCCUCAAUACCUAUUCGGCUGCACGAUGGCAUUAAUUGGAACAAUCAUCUGUGUGGUAUCUGGAUCAAACUAUUCGACCCUCCUUGCCGGUCGCCUCAUUCAAGGAUUCGGGACAACGGCAUUUGAGUCGCUGUCACUGGCCGCAAUCGGGGACAUAUACUUCGUCCACGAGCGUGGUAUUAGGACUGGAGUGAUGACUAUUGCGUUGACGUGCCUUGCCAGUGCAGUAAAUAUUAUCUCAGGUCCAAUCACUCAAAAUCUGGGAUGGAGAUAUAUGCUCAUCAUUCACUUGCCAUUCGUCGCAGCUUCGUGGAUUCUCACAUUCUUUUUCAUCCCAGAGACCCAAUUUCGCCGCUCCAGCGCAAACCUUGCGCGUAUUCAAGUGCCAGAGCAUAGAACUGACUUUAAGGAAAAGAUCGAGGAGGGAUCAGAGGUUUUUGAAGAAGAGAAUGUGGGAGAACAACGGACGGUAUAUCCGUCUACCAAUGUUUCAAAGAAGACCUAUUUGCAAAAUCUCGCAAUCUUCUCGGGAACCUAUACUGACAUUAGUCUCCCGAAACUCAUUGUCGCGCCAUUUGUUGUUCUUCAUAACCCAGGUGUUAUUUGGUCAUUGGCUAUGUCUGGUGCCGUCGUGGGCCUUUAUGUCAGCUUGGCCUAUGUUUUCGCUCAACUAUGGUCCGCUCCGCCGUAUAAUUUGAAUGCCGCCCAAAAUGGAUACUUUUAUGUUGGAGCUAUGCUCGGAGGUAUGAUUGGUGGCCUCGGCAGUGCGUGGCUGACCGAUUUGGCCACUAAAAUUAUGGUUCGCAUCAAUCGUGGGAUUUACGAACCGGAAUUUCGAAUUCUAACUCAGGCAAUUGCUGUUGUCGCAAUGGCCUUGGGAUACUUCGUGGAUUCGCAUUCUUCUGAGACAACGGAAAUCUUCAGCUUACAGAUGAUGUUCAAGAACCUCUUGUUCUUUGGAUUUGCGCGCUUUGUGAAUUCCUGGGUAGCUGAAGAUGGACCACAAUCUAUUUUCCGGGUUUAUGGAAUAAUUUCUGUCUGCCUCGCUGCCACUUCGAUUCCAAUGUACAUUUUCGGAAAGUGUAAUCGCCAAUUCAUACACAGACUGGGGUUAUUGCAGCGGUUCUACUUUGGCAAGGAAUGA